AUGUUAGUAUCAGAUUGUUGUUUAGAACACACGGUCAUGUCGGAAAAAAUAGCAAUAGUCACCGGCGCGAACAAAGGUGUCGGUUUUGGGAUAGUCAGAUGUUUAUGCAAGAGGUUCGACGGCGUGGUAUAUCUGACGUCACGCGAUGAGGCCAGAGGAAAACAAGCGGUAGCCGUUUUAGAAAAAGAGGGUUUCAGUCCUCGGUACCACCAACUGGAUGUAGCUGACAUAUCAUCGGUGGCCAAGUUUCGUGACUUCGUAGAGAAGAACCAUGGAGGUAUAGAUAUAAUCAUAAACAACGCAGGAGUAGCUCCCGGAACAGAUGAAAAUACCUACGAGCUGAGUAAAAGUGUUAUUGAUAUCAAUUACGGAAGCAUAGUAAACGUUGAGGAACUACUUUUCCCAUUAUUGAGAGAGAAUGCGAGAGUUUUGCAUAUAUCUAGCGAUUGUGGCCAUCUGUCUAACGUAAGAAAUAAAGAAUGGAUAGAGAGACUGAGUAAAAAAGAUCUAACUAGGAAAGAUAUAAAUGAUUUUGUCGAGUGGUACCUCGAUUCUGUAAAGAAAGGUACUUUCAAACAAAGUGACUUUGCUGAUAACGGAACCAUACCGUCGUACAGAGUAUCCAAAGUCGCCAUGAGUGCAUUGACAAUAGUGCAGCAACGAGAACUGGAACCGAGAGGUAUUAUAGUGAACUCUAUGCACCCGGGGCUAGUCAGCACAGAUAUGACAACUGGAAUAGGUUUCUACAGCAUAGAUGAUGCCGCAAGAACACCAGUCUAUCUAGUUCUAGAGGCACCGCCUACUAUAAAAGGCGCUUACGUUUGGCAUGACAGAACUGUCGUCGAUUGGUACGACUAUAAAGCCAAUUAUUAUUUCAAAAGGAAUUCAAUAUUUAUACAACUAAUCAAAAAUACCUUUUCUAAGAUCCACAUCCCUCUUAUCCCAUCGACGUGGCUACUCAGUAAUUCAAUAUCCCCGGCUCUUGCAUUUGUCGUAAAGCAUAUAAGCGAAACGUUCAGUGCGAAUAAAUCGACAUGCACAACAUACGGAAUGAUUGAUCGCGCACGCGAAUGA